AUGAACAAAAAAGCUGAUGGUUUCCUCACUUAUGAAACCAAAAAGGGUCACAGUCCAAAUAAUAAAAACGCCUUCCUCUUAAGCCCAAGGAAUGUCGGUAAUGAUGGCUACAAUGAUAUUUACAAUAACUACAAUGGAUCUAAAAGGAAGUUAAACAAUUUAUCAAAUAGUGGACAAUUUGAUCGUGAUAACACCAACAAAGUAGAUGAGACAAUAGAGACUGAAGACGAAGUAGACAGAAUACUCGAAGAACAACCAGUAGUGCAGAAGAGGCGUAAAAAGGGCAGGCCCAGAAAUGUAUCGAGAGAAAGAGAAGCACAGCAGGCGUCACACGGGGAGCCGCAGCCAUUAGUUGAAGCUGAAGAGGACGAACCACCUACAAAAUCAGAGGAAGCAGAAGAUGAGAGAUUAGCUAGGCGGGAAAGAAGAGCAUCUCUAAAUGCAGAUACUACACGACGUGAGAAUACAGCGUCGAAGCCAUCCAAAAUUAUUAUAAAAAAUCCAUACAGGAAGCAAGAGGAGCAAGUGAAGCAAGAAGAGCAGGAAAUAGAAAGCCUCGCCAAUUUAAAUGAUUCAAAUGCAACUCAGCAUCUUCUACAGCCUCCACCUCAACAGGCGCCACCAGCUACUCCUCCGGAAAUCGCAAAAGCAAGAGAAGAAGUAAAAAGGGCCGAGGAAGCAAGCGAAAUGGAGCUGAAAUUGCUAUACGAGCAAAUUGAACAACUCAAGCAGGCACGGCAAGCACAGGAAGCACAGGAAUCACAGUGGCUUAAUCAGCGAAACAAGCAAUAUGAACCUACUAAGUUAAGAGUUCGCAAAUCUCAAUUACUAGUAAAAUUAGAUCUGAAGAGGAUUCAGUCGAAAUCUAGUACACCGUCUCAUGCCCCAGCCAAAGCGGUUGGUAACAAGGAAACCAAAAAAGCACAACUUGCACCAUUGGCAACAACAUCAGCGAGCUCAUCGCCACUGUCAGCACCCCCAUCACUUCCAACGAUAUCUUCAUCUUCAUCCGAAGCUUCAGAUAAUGAAGAAAUUAGAUCGGAUGAAUUCCACAUCAACUCCGCCAUUGCAUCUCCCCCGCAUAGACGACUUGAAUCACCUGAUAUAACACGUCUAUCGCUUUCACCGGUUGAGCCUAUCAGUUCAUACGAAUCACAGCAAAGCAGAAUAUUAAACAUAGACAAGUAA